UUUUAGGACGUUCCUUCCAUUUCUGACAUCCUUUUUUUUGCUUCACCGAAUAAUCUUUCCUCUGCAAUAUCCGAAGCUUCUUCAGGGGUGUUCAUUUCUCCAGAUAAGUUUCUCUGUCACCAAGAAUCUUUGUUGGUUUUUCUGUUUAAGAAAGACCCUGAAUUCUGUUUUGUUCAAAGCUUGUUGCUUUUCUCUGUUUUAGCUGUAUUGGUAUUGGGGGUUGGUCAUUUAUCUCUCUGAAUUGGGAUUUGGUUAAUUUGGAUUAGGCAGUAACAAUCCUGGUUCAGAGGAAAGGAUCCAUUGGUUUGGUUUGUGCUUUGAGUUUUGAGUCUCAGCUGAUUUGGUUAGGGGGAACAAAACCCAGUGGAGCUUUAAGGGAGUAGUUGAAGAAUCUGAACUUCAUUAUUAGCAAAUUUGAGCUCACAGAGGUUGGAAUUGGUUGCUUCUGGGGAAAGAGCUUUGCUUUUUGUAUGGUAUAUUGUGUGUUUAGCUUUGAUUGUGUAAAAGGGUUUGAAUCAAAUUAGUUGUGUGUGCUCACUGGACUUGAUUGGAGUUAUAUAGCAAGAUUUAGGCUUAGUUUCUUGUUUUGUAUAAACUGUUGAGUGCAUGAUGGGGAAACAAAGUGGGAAGAAGAAGAAAAGUUCAUGUGAUAGUCCAAAGACAAGCAAUAGUAAUGAAAAUAGUCCGAAAAUCCAAGAUAAGGAUACAGAAGUUUUCAUUGCAAUGUCUCAUGAAUUGAAGGAUGAGGGGAAUAAGUUGUUUCAGAAAAGGAAUCAUGAAGGAGCUAUGUUGAAGUAUGAGAAAGCCCUUAGAUUGCUUCCGAGAAAUCACAUUGAUGUGUCGUAUCUUCGAAGUAAUAUGGCGGCUUGUUAUAUGCAGAUGGGGCUGAGUGAGUAUCCCAGGGCUAUCAAUGAGUGUAAUUUGGCUCUUGAAGUUACACCUAAGUAUAGUAAGGCACUGCUGAAGAGGGCAAAGUGUUAUGAGGCUUUGAAUAGGUUGGAUUUGGCUCUGAGAGAUGUUUGUACCGUGCUGAACAUGGAACCGAACAAUAUCAUGGCAAUGGAGGUUGCAGAAAGAGUGAAAGAUGUGUUAGAGAAGAAGGGACUGAGGGUGACUGACACGGUGAUUGAGUUGCCUCCUGAUUAUGUUGAACCAAGUAACAAUGUCCUUUCAGGGAAAGUAACAAAAUCGAAGAGUCGGAAGAAGAAAGGGAACAAAGAUGAAGACAAGAAAGGUCAGGAGGACAAUAUUGAGGAGAAUACUGAAGACAAGAUUGAGGAGAAGAAAGCUGUAGAAAUAACUGAGGAAAUGAAAUCUGUGUUUAUAGCUGAGGAAAUGAAGUCUGUGGAUAUAGGCGAGGAAGAUAAGGAUGUGGAAAUAGCUGAGGAAAAGAAGGCAGAGGUGAAAGUAGUUGUAGAGGAAAAGAUCACUACAGUGGAAGAAGUGCCGAAAAGAAGUGUGAAAUUGGUGUUGGGAGAGGACAUAAGAUGGGCUCAAUUGCCAGUAAAUUGCACCCUGUUGGAACUAAGGGAGGUAAUCCGUGAUCGGUUUCCGAGAUCAAGAGCAGUUCUUAUCAAAUAUAGAGACCAAGAAGGUGAUUUGGUCACUAUCACUACUAAUGAAGAGCUGAGAUGGGCUGAAGAAUCAGUAGAAUCAGAAGGCUCAGUUAGGCUAUACAUAGUAGAAGUUAGCCCUGAUCAGGAUCCUUUCUUUGAGAAACUGAAAGUUGAAGCGCACAUGCUUAACUAUGGAGCCAAGAAUGGGACCAUGGUAAAACACAGGGACAUGAAGGGGUUACCUUGCAUUGAGGAUUGGAUCAUUGAUUUUGCUCAGCUGUUCAAGAACUAUGCUGGGUUUGAAUCUGAUGCAUACUUGGAUCUCCAUGAACUUGGGAUGAAGUUUUACUCUGAGGCUAUGGAGGAGACUGUUACUAGUGAAGAAGCUCAAGACAUUUUUGACACAGCAGGAGAGAAGUUCCAGGAAAUGGGAGCUUUGGCAUUGUUCAAUUGGGGAAAUGUUCACAUGGCCAGGGCAAGGAAGAAGGUAUACAUCACAGAAGAUUCUACCAAAGAAUCUAUUAUUUUGAUCAUUAAAACUGCAUAUGAAUGGGCACAGAAAGAAUACAUGGAAGCUGGAAGGAGAUAUGAAGAAGCCUUGCACAUCAAACCCGAUUUCUAUGAAGGUUAUCUUGCCCUUGCGCAGCAGCAGUUUGAACAGGCUAAACUAUCUUGGUAUUAUGCAAUUAGCAGCAGUGUUGAUCUGGAGACUUGGCCAUCUACAGAGGUUCUAAGACUUUAUAACAAUGCCGAAGACAACAUGGAAAAGGGCAUGCAGCUGUGGGAGGAAGCUGAAGAGCAAAGGUUGAGUCAACUCUCCAGUCCAACUAGUGGUAAAACUCGGUUGCAGAAAAUGGGUUUGGAUGGCAUUGUCAAAGAUAUAUCAACUAAUGAAGCUGCAGAACAAGCUACAAACAUGAGGUCUCAGAUAAACCUUCUGUGGGGCACCAUGCUCUAUGAGCGAUCCAUUGUGGAGUUCAAAUUGGGUCUACCUGUAUGGCAUGAAUGCUUGGAAGUUGCAGUUGAGAAGUUUGGACUUGCUGGGGCUACUUCAACCGAUAUAGCUGUUAUGGUCAAAAACCACUAUUCAAAUGAUAAAGCAUUGGAAGGUCUAGGAUUCAAGAUUGAUGAGAUAAUACAAGCCUGGAAUGAGAUGUAUGAGGCUAAAAAGUGGCAGAGUGGAAUUCCAUCGUUUCGUUUAGAGCCAUUACUUCGGCGGAGAGUUUCAAAACUUUAUUCUGCUUUGGAAAAUGCUUUAUUAGACAACAAUGAAUAGAGACAUUUUGCUACUUUGUGGACCAUGUGGUAUUCUUAUUUAGAUUUUCUUGGUGUUCCUGUCAUGUUUGUUGGAACUUCAUUUACAUACAGUGGUUUGGAACUUUGUUUACUACGGUGGAUAAUUUCAUGGAUCUAAUUAUUUAUUUGUAGUAGUUCAGAAACACACACUUUUCCCUUGUUUUUACACCUUAAGGGGUUGAGGUGAAGUUGCAGAUCUUUGUUUUAGUUAAUUUCUGCCUUCAUCAACAUAGCUUUACAAUCUCUGCUAGAGCAUCAGUACCUGUAAUAGAAGCAUCAAGCAUCUACCUUGAAGUUAGUGUGGAGUGUAACUCAAUUUUUUCUUUUCUUUUCUGGGCUGUCUUUCAAGGGAAGGACUUCCCAAAUAAUGGUCAUUAAAUACAUUUGAUAGCUUCGUACUUACCAAUGAUACAUUUUCAAAUGCAGUUGUCAUCCAGA